GGACCGUACGGCCUGUCAUCGCUCCUGGGACUAGCGCUUUAACUGGAGGUGUGCCAUCGUCUGGGAAGGCCUCCUGAAGGCCUCCUUUACCUUCUCGUGAAUGUACAUGUACCAGGAGAACGCCUUGGGAUCUUCGCUGCAUGAGAAACAAAACAAGAAUUCUGACUGUAGAGCAAGCAGUAGGCUGGGGGAAGGCGACGAUACUCAAACAUAUACACAUAACGUCUACACUUCAAACAGAUGGAGCAGCAGGAUGGGGCAGGCGGCGGUCUGGAGGACAGCCAGGAGGAGGAGGCGGAGGCGGAGGCGGAGGCCCAGAUGCCAGCCGCCCUCAGCUUCUCCCAGUUCUCGUCCAGCCUGCGGGCGAUGGUGCGAAUCCGCAACAAGUACCUGGCCAUCAAGAAGCGGCGGGUGGAGCUGGGGGCGACGCCGUCCUCCCUGAGCGCCGUCCUGCCGCGCUCCACCAGCCCCAAAAUCUUCACCUUCGACGGGGCGGCGAUGGCCGCCGCCCUGGAGCGGAGGAAGAAGAAGAAGAAGAAGAGGAGGAGGGUCAUGUUCCCUAACGACAGCCGCCGCCGCACCGCGCCCAAGGAGAGCAGCCGGGCGAAGAACUGCCUCGUCUUCCUCACCUUCAUCGUGUUCCUGCAGGUGUACAAUGCCAUCGAGAACCUGGAUGACCACCUGCUCCGCUACGACCUAGAGGGGCUGGACAAGACGGUGAAGCGGGAGGUGUUCGGGCAGCGGGAGGCGAGCGAGGGUCUCCUGGUGCACCUGGGGGACUACCUGUCCACCUACGUCCACAACCGGCCGCUCGUCCUGUCCCUGCACGGGCCCUCCGGGGUGGGCAAGAGUCACCUGGGGCGUAUCUUGGGCCGCCAUUUCCGCUCAGUCCUGGGCGAGGAGCUGGUGCUGCAGUACUUCGCGCUCCACCACUGCCCCCUGGAGGGCGAGGCGCAGAACUGCGCCCGGGAGCUGAGCCUCAGCGUCGCCCAGACGCUGAAGCUGGCCGAGGAAGAGGAGAAGAUCCCGUUCUUCAUCUUCGACGAGGUGGAGUUCAUGCACCGCCCGCUGCUGGACACGGUCUACAACCUGACGCGCCCCGGCCGGUCCGCCGAGUUCCUCAACGCCGUGUACGUGCUGAUCGGCAGCCUCGGGAACGCCGAGAUCACCAAGUUCGUCCUGCAGAACUCGUCCAGCGACGCCGCCCAGCUGGGGCGGGACGUGGGGCCUGUGCUGCGGGACGUUCUGGAGAAGCGACACCCCCUGUGGGGCGAGCCGGAAACCGAGCUCCUGCCCCUCACCCUGCUGGAGAAGGGUCACGUGAUGGACUGCUUCCUGGACGAGAUGACCAGGGAGGGCUUCUACCCCGACCGCGGCCACAUCGAGCGCCUGGCGGCGGAGAUCUCGUACUACGCCGUCGACCAGCGGCUGCUCUCCCACACGGGCUGCAAGCAGGUGGUGGCCAAAGUCAACCUGCUGUGAAAGCCGCCUGGGCAGAGUGUGCGAAGAAGGCAGGGUGCAUGUGUGCGCGUGUGCGCGUGCCUGUUUACGCGCGCGCGUGUGUGUGUGUGUGUGUAUGUCCCCAUGUGCCAUGGAGGAGUUAGUUGUGAUGUCCACCGGAGGUGGGGUGCAGUUUUAGAUGGGGGACCCAUGCCCCCCCCACGCACCCCCACACACACACACACAUUUACACUUUCUGAACCUCACUGAUGAAUGUGUGAUUGCAUGAAGUCUCACAGCAUCACUGCCAUUUCUAAAACAAAAUGGCCACCUGCCAUUUCUAAAACAAAAUGGCCGCCUGCCAUUUCUAAAACAAAAUGGCCGCCUGCCAUUUCUAAAACAAAAUGGCCACCUUGCAACGGAGCACACUGGCCACUUCUGGUGUUUGGAAAUGACCGACUAUCGUCAUUUGCCUGGGCGAUUGACAGUUUUUGGCUGUUGCUGUGUGCCCAGGUGAAGGACCGCGUUCCUGUUGCCAAGUCAGGUCGGAAGCUGCUGCCUUGCUAUGAGAAAGGGCGACUGACAGCCGUGUUGCGUUGAGGUGAUUUGGAAUCAGGUCUGAAACAGGUCUGAAUCAGGUCUGAAACAGGUCUGAAUCAGGUCUGAAACAGGUGUGCGACAGAAACAACAGGAUCCACAUCUCCAAAUAACCAGGACGUCAGGCUUUCAGAAAAAACAGCCAGUGUGGAAUACCUUGACUGAACAUUAGCAUGUUAGCACCGUGCCACACUGUGCCAAGUUGUGCCCGUGAAAGGCACUCUCUUCUGAAACACAAGGUCAACCUGAUCUUGUCAAGUCUUUUCACACCGUGGCCUACAAGUCAACCUCGCACAGACAGGAGUCGGGUUAACCUGCAGGGGUCGCUGGAGAGCGAUGAAACGCAGACAUCCUGGAUUAAUUGACGGGUCAACCCGUAGGGCUGCCGGCUGCAGUCCGGGAAUGAUCCAUAUCCCAUACUAGACUGUGGUUGCCUGGUUACUGGAACAGUGCCUUUUACAAUUGUGUAUGGAUGAAAUGGAUUAAACUGCUCUUUCAUAA